GCGAGGCGGGAAACGGCGGAGGCGGCACCGCCGGGAUCGGGAUCGGACACUGGGCACCACACCGGACACCGGGUUCGGGCUCAGGCACCCGGGGAUCGGGCACCGGGAUCGGGCACGGCCUCAGGCUCCACACCGCUCUCGGUCCGCGGCCCCCGAGCGGCAGGGGUGGCCCCGCUCCCCAGUAGCGCCCUGCGGUUCCCGUCUCCCCUCAGCCAUGUCGGUGGAUCCCAUGGCCUACGAGGCGCAGUUCUUCGGGUUCACCCCCCAGACGUGCAUGCUGCGCCUGUACAUCGCCUUCCAGGACUACCUGUUCGAGAUGAUGCUGGUGGUGGAGGGCGUGAUCCUCAAGAAGCUGGACGCGAUCCCCGGCUGCCAGAUCGGCCCUUCCCAGAUCCGGAAAUGCACCGAGAAGUUCCUGCUCUUCAUAAAGGACCACUUCGACAAACUCUUCGGUAGGAUGGAAGAGGUGCUGCUGCAGCUGGUGCUGAACAUCCCCAGGAACGUGCUGCUGCCCGAGGACAGGGUGCACGAGCAGUAUCCUUACGGCAAGGAGGAAUUCCAGGCGCUGCAGGAGGAGCUGCAGCAGCUGCAGCAGCAGUGCAGGGCCGAGGCGGCCGCGGGGGAGGCUCUGAGGGCCGAGCUGGAGGAGCAGAAGGCUGUCACGGCAGAGCUGGAGAAGAUCUUGCAGUGGUUUGAUGGGCUUGAGAACAUCUGCAGGGAGCACGGGAUCGGCAACUUCAAGGAGAGCUUGGCCUUCCUGACACAGAACUCUAAGAAGCUGCAGGAUGCGCUGAAAGAUGUCAAGGAGAAGAGCAAAAAAAUGGAGCAGCGUGAUCAGUUAUUGUAAAGGAAAUGCUGGAAAGGCAACAGAAGUCGUUUAGAGAGCUUGCUUAAAUGGUAGAGGCUUGUCUUUCCCUUACUCCUCUCAUCCUGCCAGGAUCUGGACUAAAAGUUGAACUCCCUAGGGAGGAAAUCCUGUAAAAUGUAACUCGGAUUGGUGAUCUGGAAUAAAUUUUGGGUUGGAUAACCUGGAUGUGAAGGUGUCUUCCUGGCCAUUGAACGUUACCUUUGAACACAACACAGCACGUGCCUAUUUUAAGGAUUAUAAAAACCAGUCUCAUUAAGGCUUGCAGGAAUGUUUCGCUGGGUUUCCAGUCUGAUGGCAGUGCAGGUGAUGGUGUCACGAGAACA